UAGCUAGAUUAGAUUUCACCCAGAUAGUGGAGAAGAAACAAUUAGCAGCCUCUAGCUUAGCUCCAUUUCCAUCGGUUGUUAAUUACUUUCCUCAAUCGGCCGGCCAGCCGGCAGGAGAAAGAUCUAGAGAAGAAGAAGAAGAAGAAGAAGAGGAUGGGGAGGGGGAAGAUUGCGAUUGAGAGGAUCGACAACACAACGAACCGUCAGGUGACCUUCUCCAAGCGGCGUGGAGGGCUGAUGAAGAAGGCCCGGGAGCUUGCCAUCCUUUGUGACGCCGAUCUCGCACUCAUCGUCUUCUCUAGCACGGGUCGCCUCUAUGACUUCGCGAGCUCCAGUGGAAUGGAGGCAAUACUAGAGCGGUACCAGGAGGCAAAAGAGGAGCACUGCGGAGUGUUGAAUCCAACAUCUGAGGCAAAGUUAUGGCAGAGGGAGGUUACAACCUUGAGGCGGCAAGUGCAGAACUUACACCACAAUAAUAGGCAAUUGUUGGGAGAGGAGCUAUCUGGUACCACUGUUCGAGAUCUGCAGUUUCUGGUGAACCAGGUUGAGAUGAGCCUUCAUUCCAUAAGAAAGAGGAAGGAGCAAGUUAUGGCUGCGGAGAUCCACGAACUCAACCAAAAGGGAUUGCUUGUUCAGAAGGAAAAUAUCGAACUUGACAAGAAGCUGAGUAUUGCUCAUGAGCAGAACAUAGAGCUGCGGAAGCAGCUUUCCGCGGCCAUGAAAUCGAGUGAGCAGCAAGCCUGCGGAAGCAGCUCAAAAGCUGCUGCCGGAUUAUUGUUGUCUACUAGAGUACGUGAACCAAAUAUUGACCUUGAGUUGCGCCAGCAGGAGCAUGAGGAUGAAUAACAUCUACUAUACGUCCACUGCAUGCACGUCAAGCCGUUAACUGUAUUUUCAGUGCAUGCGUGACCGAACGAAGCUCUUUCGUGUGCAAUUUGCACCUGGUAUGUAGAAACAAUCUUGAAGCACACACCUGCUUAGAGCCAUAUAUAUUUUUUGGUGUAAUAUAUAGAAGCAGCAGACGUAGUAUGUAUGUGAGUCUAAUUACUCGAUAUACACAAGGAGGCAAGAGAAGAUCAAGUAUAUUAUGAACGGACAUGUUUCCCAAACUUAAUCAUGUUUUUGGUUACUUGUAUAUGUUGAUCACAAUUCAGAACCUAAUUAAUGAGCUUCUGUUUUUUGCGUGG